CGAAAUGAAUUCGUGAGUACGGAAUCGGUACUUCGAGUCAACCGAUGUACCCGUUACUCAGUAACGAAUACAUGCGGUUUGCUCCAGCUCUAUUUCGUAGUGUCAACACGGAUUGAGAGUUCUUUUUAUCAUUAUGGAAGUUCAUCACCAUAUAAAAAGUAUUUCAGUUAAACUUUCUUGAUUUUGUUAAUAUCAAGUAAUCGUUUUUAAACUGAAUAUCACUGAAAGUAGCUUGAUCUUGAAGAAACAUGAAAGGCCUGCUUCCAUAUCUUGUAACAGUUCUGUACCUGUGGAAUUACAUUUUGUAUGCUAUGUGUAAAGACCACGGAAUAGGAUGCUUUUGGCACAUUACUGAUAUUCAUGCAGACCAGAAUUAUUCCAGAACAGGAAAUCCAUUAAACCUUUGUCAUUAUGAAUAUUCCUCUUAUCCAGAUAAUGGCUUAUAUGGAAAUUUUUUGUGUGAUUCUCCCCAGUACCUCGUAAAUGUGACAAUAAAAUCUAUGAAAGAUAUUUAUCCAACUCCUGAUUUCAUAAUAUGGACAGGGGACAAUCUUCCCCACACUUUGAAAUUUGAUCCUGACUGGAAUGUUGUGUUUGAAGCUAUUAAUAAUGUAACUGAAUUAUUGAUUUCUGCUUUUCCUGAUGUUCCUGUGUUUCCUUCUAUUGGAAAUCAUGAUACAUUCCCACCUAAUGUUUUGCUACCAAAUGAAACAUCAUAUUCUAUAUAUGAUGGAUAUUUGAAGAAAGGUGGUUGGGAUAAAUUUUUGCCUAAAACUACAUGGUUUACUUUCUUGAAAGGUGGGUUUUACAGCAGAUUGGUGAGACCUAGCCUGAGGAUAAUAAGUCUGAAUACUAUUUUAUGGUAUACCUCAAAUAAUAUCACAUCUGGUUUAAUUGAUCCGGCUUAUCAGUUUGAAUGGCUUGAAAUGGUACUUAAAAAUUCAUCAAAAUUCUCUGAAAAAGUAAGUAUUUGUAUAUGUAGAUUUCUAUUUUUGAGUUCUUUUAAUAGGAAGAAGGAUUUUAUAAAAAAAUUGCUAUAGGAACUCUAACA